AUGCCAAGAUUUUCUGAAUGCUGGCGUUGUGGUACACCUUCCGCAACUGUAAUUUGCCAUUCUUGUGGUGUCGCCAAGUACUGCAGCAAUAAAUGCAAAGAAAACGACAUCGCAAGGCACAAUGACGCUGAAUGUCGCCCAGUAUCUAUUGUAGAUACAUGUUCAUCAUGUCGUAAGACCGGUUCUUUGCUACAAAAAUGCACUGGAUGUUACCGUGCUUUUUACUGCAACCCGACAUGUCAGAAGAAUCAUCGACAUGACCACAAGGUAGAGUGCAAACGUACUGUGGCAAAGAUAAAAACACUGGCCCGGUCACUUUCCCAUUAUUUCCCACCAAAUUUUUCUCGAAUUUGCGUUGCACAUUAUUACUGGGGCAAUGCCCCCGCGUAUGAUUACCUAAAUUUGUCAGAAAGCGAAGGCAUCGACUACAGUUCAACUAUAAAUCUUUUGGUCCUUGGUGUUGGCGAUUUACGAAAUGUCGUGAUGACUUCUGCCUCGUUGCCUGACAGUUUUACAAACAAGGUCAAGUUUACAUUAAACGACUCAGACAG